AUGGACAAGAUUCCCCUUAACUACGAAGCCUCUGAGGGCGAUACGCACAAGCAAGUCACCAGCACGCUUCCUCCAGAAGUCGUCCAGUGUCUCGAGAAUGCCCGGUUUCUCCAUCUCGCAACGUGCACCGACAACGUGCCCCAAGUAUCACUCAUGAAUUACACUUACCUCCCGUCGUCGCCGCACUCGUCCGCGCCCGUCAUCGUGAUGACCACCAACCCCGCCUCGCGCAAGACCACCAACAUCAUCACCAACCCCAACGUCUCCCUCCUCGUACACGACUGGGUCUCCCAUCGCCCCCACGGCCGACGUCCCUCCGGCGGCGCCCCGGAGCCCGCGCCCCCGUCCAGCCUCGCCACCCUGCUCCUCAACCUCAACAGCUCCGCCAUGUCCAGCAUCAGCGCCACCAUAGGGGGUGCCGCGCGCCUGGCACCGGCCGGCUCCGACGAGGAGCGCUUCUAUGUCGCUCAGCACCUCGAGAACAACACGUUCGACGACAGCAGCGCACUCUUCACGCCCGGCGAGGCCGACUCGAGUCGCUUCGUCGCCGGCGAGGACGUCCGCGUCAUCGUCGUCGACAUCAAGACGGUGCGCAUCAGCGACUUCAAGGGCACCGUCCGGGACUGGGCGCUGUUCCCCACACAGGCGGUCAACGGACACGUGUAG